AUGAAUCGACAAGCUAUCCCUAUUAGCGAUCAAUAUUUCUCGCAACAGGGACAACAACAUCAGCAGCCUCCUGGGAUAGGACCACAGGUAUUCUCGCCUCAGAUGUCUCAGGCUAGAAUGCAACAAGCAGGGAUAAUGCAAAGUAUUCAUGGCUUAGAGAAUAACCAAGACUUACACAAUGUGUAUCUAUUGAAGCAGAAAAUGGAGGCGGCUAAUUCUGCUUUUGGACAGCAAGCCAUUUCGCAACGCCAAGUUCAGCCGCAACAGCAACAUAUUCUCAAUAAUACGGGAAAUACAAAUGGAAACUCUAUUUCUGCAGUAAACAGCCUACCACAGAGAGCUCCAGGUCUAACACCCGUACCAGGAACUUUGCCAAGGCAUAUAAUGCCGGGAUCUUUUGCGUUGCCUCCUCCCAAUCAUUUCAUGAUGCGUGAUGUAUGGAAUAACAAUUUGAACUCAGAAUUUGCCACAAUAAGAAAAUUGAUUGAUCAGUACAGUUUUGUAUCAAUCAGCACUGAAUUUGUGGGCACAAUAGCAAGACCAAUUGGAAAUUUUCGAUCUAAGAACGACUAUCACUAUCAGACCAUGAGAGCAAACGUAGACCUGCUAAAUCCCGUGCAAAUAGGUAUUUCAUUGAGCGAUUCUCAAGGUAAUAAGCCCGACAAUGUUCCUUCUACUUGGCAAUUCAAUUUUCAUUUUGAUGUCACAAAAGAGAUGGUGUCUGCAGAAUCACUAGAACUUUUAAAGAAGUCUGGUAUUAAUUUUGAAAAACAUCAAAACAUAGGAAUUGACCCAUUUGAUUUUGCACAGUUGAUGAUAGACUCAGGCCUAUUGUUAUCCAAAGAAAUUACAUGGCUGAGCUAUCACGCUGCAUAUGACUUUGGCUUUCUGGUGAAUAUGUUAAUGAGUAAGGCCAUGCCUAAUAACAAGGAAGAGUAUGUAUGGUGGGUUGAGAACUUCAUGCCUAACUUUUACGAUUUGAAUCUCAUCAAUAAAUUUACCGCCAGUACAAAACAGCACAAUCCACAACAGCAGGCCCAGUACAGCCUAGAGUCGAUGGCAGAUGAAUUAGGCAUUCCUCGAUUCCCUCUGUUCACGACAACGGGAGGCCAAAGCUUACUAGCAUUGCUUACGUUUACCUUUCUGGCUAAACUGCCUCUUCAUAAUAUUCAACCUGGUUUUGAGCUAACCCACUACAAGAACAUGAUCUACGGUAUUACAAACGAAUAG